AUGCGUAUUAUAACCCAUCGCCUUUCAAAAUUUGGCAAAUCCCAAGCCGGUGGGAAAUUUCCAUCGCCCCUUGAUAUUUUCGAGACCAGCGUGGUCCGAAUCUUAUCCGACGCUGAGGCAUAUACAGAUCCGACCCAGAAAUCGCUGCCCGAAGAUAUUGAGAAAGAGCGUGAUUUUAUGCAUAGGAUUGCUGACGUUAGAGAGGAACUGGUAAUGAUACAGGAAAUCCUGGAUCAGCAAAAGGAAAUCCUGCAAGCUUUCAUUCAGGAUUUUGAGAACCAUGAAUUUGGUAGUAUGUUAGAUAGCAGUGAUGAGCAAGAUAUAAAGGGGGCGAGGAUCCUCUGGGAGCAAUGGAAGCUACCAGCAAAAGACGUUGAUAUAUUCACAAAGCGGCUUUCCAAGAUUAAUAAAGACGCAGAGAGGAUCGAGAAUCUGAUUCAGAAUCAGCUAAAUAUGAAGCGGACAUACGCUAGUAUAAGGGACACUCGCACCGGAUUGAUUCUCAGCGCGGCUGUUAUUGGAUUCACAGUUAUCACGAUCAUAUUCGCGCCGCUAGCCUUCAUGACAAGCCUGUUCGCUCUACCUCUCGAGGGUCUCUUGAAAAAUCAAUACCAAUCCGACGGAGGCAAUGGAAGGGAUCCGACCCCCGCGUACACCACUAGUCGUCUUGAGGAAUUUGCUAGAGAUACCGACGAAGAUCGGCGUCGAGGCCAUCAGACCUUCCAAGUAAACCGUCGUCUAUUCUCGACGCAACGCGAGGAACGCCCUUCAGCGAAUGACCCUGCUGCAGGCUGGAAGAAUGCGUUUAAGGAGGGUCUGUUCAACGACUCCGAUUAUCAUGCGGUCAAAGAUCUUGACUCACUUGAUGACGGGAAUGCUCAUCGCCUAAACCGAGUUGCAACGAAACCGGGAAUUGGGGGUAGCGGGAAUCCUGCUGGAUAUAACAGCCGGCCUCUAACCUUUGCAUCCAAGGGAAAUACUCCGAUGUAUGAUCCACUGAAUCCCGGUUAUUCUAAGAAGCCAAGACAGCCAUCCCAACCUCUUCCGCCGGGACAUAGAGAAACUUCGCUUGGUGGUAUUGUGCCACCUGGGGUUGAGGUGAGACGAUGGGACCCUAAGCGAGCGGAACAAGCUGGCAACCCAGUUCACUUCACCCCUAUACCUAAUAUACCUGGCACCGGACGCGAUACACCGGUCCAGGCGAGACCACAACAACCUCCUACUCUAGGCAGAUUAGGACAUGGCGCUCCGCUGCAGUUACAACCUACUCUCAUGCCCCACGAGCAGGAGAGUACCCUGCUCCCGCACCAGAGACGACCAGCUGGACCAGCCGGACCCGCCCAUAACACGCCUGAUCAAAACAAUGAAACUCAAGUCACUGGAAAUUUGAUCAAAACCACGACGCUUAAACUAGGUCGAGUUAUUUUCCGAGAUGAAGAUGUUACUAUCAUGCUUGUCGUUGGACUAGAUGCAUUUAGCCCUGGCCAAGUUUCUCUCCAUGAAAGACCGAGCGGCGUCGUUAUCUGGAAUCUACACAUUAACACUGGCAGAGCGAUGAGAGGCGAUAUUCGUCUCUGUUUGCAACCGUUCCAAUACGGAAGUAGCGUUCAUCUUCGACGACAAGAUAAUGAGGCUUCCGAAGUGCGAUCGAGUCAGAUACGAUUCAGCAGUAUUUCAGCCGCGCAGAAGUUCGAAGAAGUGGUAAAGUCUUAUCGGAAGCAACAGGAGAAUUCUCGCAUACCAAUCCUCAUAGAAAUGAGUGAAACCGAGCUCGUCCCCCAGCUAGAAAGUGGUACGGACAGCAAGGACUCGGAAAAGACAGAUGAACAAGCUCCGGAGAAUCAAGUAUCUAAAACUGACCGCAGCAGAGUCGACACUGUGACUUCUACACCCCUUAAGUCUACACCCUCUCAGCCUAUCCCGAGCACGGAGACCACGAAUGAAGAUUUGAUUGAUCUUCAUUCUCCCGAAUCCCUUAAGAGACCGAAGUCUCCUAUAGACCUUAUAGACCUGGGUUCUCAUGAAAAGGCAAUAGCCAAUUCUAUAGGCGAUGCCGAGUCAGUUAGUCUCCAAAGAGAAUCUGUAAUCGCAGCGCCCAUCAAAAGUGCAUUCCCUACUAUCGCCCAAUCUCAAACUAUUUCGCCAUCAGUUACGACACAGUAUAGCAUUAGCUUCAGUACAGCUACGGUUCUUUCCACCCCGCAACUCGAGCAGGAUAUCGCGACAAUUGAAGCGAUCACAGCCGGAGUAGAUCUGUCUCAAGAUUCCCUUCGCGUACUUUCCUCCCUAAUGGCUAGAGACUACGAACAUAUGAUCAGAAUAAGCCGAAACCUUCUGGAAUAUCUCAUGUGGGCUCGGGAUUCGUCAUCAGUAACGUCCGCUAAACAAGCAGCAAUGCAGGUCACGACGAUGCAACUGAAGCGAUAUGAGGGAUUCAGUGGCCUGGAUCAAGACGAACAGAGAAAGGCAAUUGCAGUCGUGUAUGCGAAUAUCCUACAUGGAAACGCUCCGAUUAUUCGUUCGGUCGACGAGAUGAUCAUGCUGCGACAAUAUGCGCACCCCUGCCCCCCUAGAGUUCGCCGUUUUAACGAAUAUUUCCUCAGAGUGACUGGACGCCUGGGUCCGCAGCAGCCAUCCACAAGCAACAAUGCCUUCGUCUCAAAGGCUUCAUUAUUGCCAAUGGAAAAGCAUCUGGAAGAUGCGCGAUCUGUGCAUGAAAAGCAAUGGCCUGCACCGGAAGAGAAACUUAUUGAAAUAGGAGAACGAUCUGAAGAGGAGACGGUAGAAAAAACCAAUAAAUUCUUAGCUCUAUUAAGAGAUGCCGUAAAUUCGGACCAACCAGAGGUCAACAUCUCGACGUACGCAAUGAGUAACUCAUCGGCGUCUACCAUACGGCCUGGUGCAGUCCUCGUGCCACGUACCAACCCAAUGCAGGAGGCGGAUGCUUCUCCAGACCGUACGCCGACGGUUCAUGGCAUUGGUUCCUCUCGUUGGGCGAAUCAGUCGCGCAAUACAUCUACAAGCAAUGCCGACACGGAGAGCCGUCGCAACUCCCCAGCACCGAGUCACGGACGAACCGCAACGGGCGACUUAAGUUCUCUUUCGGGCAUCACGGGGCGACUUGCGACGCUCGAGUUAGAUGAUAUACAAUACCUUUGA